AUGGCUUCAAUGACGCAGAAUGGGGUAACUUCUUUCCAUGGCACCACAUAUACCAACGGCGUUGUGUCGGCAACGCUCCUGGCGCCCAAUCUUGAGUUGAGCUUCUGGGGCGGAGUCAACCCUAAAACGGGUGAAGUCAUCGAUCGAUUCCAUCUACUAAGUGGACGCCUUUUAAAAGAUACUAUCUUGGCUAUCACCGGUGGGAGGGGAUCGUGCGGUGGUAGUGUGAUCAUGAUGGAAUUGAUCCUCAAUGGGCUUGGUCCUAAAGCUCUGAUUUUCAAGCGACGAGAAGAGAUCAUUACACUUGGGGUUAUUGUUGCUGAAGAAUUCUUUGGCAAGACAGCUCCGGUAAUUGCAUUGAGGCCAGAGGACUUCCGCCAAGUCCUAGGUUGGAAUGGCACUGCUGUUUAUAUUCAUGGAGACAAAGUCUCAGAUAGUCCUUUACAAUUAAACCCUCCAGAGCUUAACCGCGCUAUUUUCGAUAUCAGCAGCCUUGAAGUUCAACUCUCCGACUUCGACAAGGCUACCAUCGAGGGUGCCAACGGAGAGGCCACGAGGAUUUCCAUAAAGGUUCUAGCUCGGGUGACUGACAUUAUGGGCGCCCAGGAGAUGAUGUAUGUGAGCCAAGCCCAUGUUGAUGGUGCCUGGUACGGCCCAGGAAGCGUCGCCUUUGCCAAGAGACUUCGGGAUUGGGGUGGAAGGUUUCGCAUUCCUUCCACUAUUAAGUCUCUUAAUAUUGACCAGCGCCGCUGGAGAACUCUGGGGAUCGAUACAGAGCUUGGCUCAACUUGUGAUGAGUUGACACAUGCCUUCCUCGAUAUGGAUGGCAAGGUGUCGUUCACAUGUGGCCCCUAUCUACUCGAGACCGCUCCCAAGCUAGGGGACUCUAUCGCUUGGGGAGAGUCCAAUGCUGUCAUCUAUGCAACAGUUGAAACUCACGACUGCCCAAAUCUAGGUUACAUAGACCAGAUCAAGUCACUUGAAACAUGCUUUGAGCUGACUUAG